AUGGCGAGGACGGAAGGAAAAAACGCUCUGCAAAAUCAGUUACAUGUUAAUGGAGGAGAGAAUACUAGAAGGAGCACUAAGGCUCGUGAGACAAGUCGGGAGAUAAGCGAGAAGGAAGAAUUUGAAAUAGAUCUUACCAGUGAAUCAGAGGAGGAUAGAGAGCUUUGGAUGGAGCACACGAUGAUUGGCAGAGUGGUUGGGCCUCAGAUGAUUAGAUCUACCAUUAGAGAAUGGAUAUCUAAACAUUGGGGCCUGAGAUUGAUUGUAAAAUUCAUUCCUAGGAAUUUUUUCAUAGUGGUCUUUAAAGAUGGGAUGGAAAGAAAUAAGUUUUUGUGCAAGGAUAACUGGUUUAUCAAGGAACAUCCUUUGUAUUUACAGCCAUGUUUCCCAAAUUUUAAUCCACUCCCAUUGGCAAUAUAUGACAAACCGAUUUGGAUUAGGAUGUAUAAUUUGCCAAUGGAUUAUUUGGGAGAUAAGUGCUUGGAAAAAAUUGGUCGAUCGUUGGGAACAUUACUGGAAAUUGAUGAGGAGAUUAUUGAAGAGGAUAGUUACGUGUAUGCUCGGUUGAAGAUAGCGGCAGUCAAGGAGAUUCCAUCUCAAAUUUCACUAGUCACUUCGGUAGGAGUUUGGAUGCAACAGGUAGAGAUUGAGAAAGAAAUUGUCCCAUGCUCGAGAUGUGGUAGUAAAAUGCACCUAGAGGAGGAUUGUAGAAUGUUUGUCAGGAAGGCUAGAAGAAGUAACUUCCCAAACAGACAAACAAGAAGCGUUGGGUAG